AUGACACGAGUCCGAGUGGCAGGGAAGACGUGGGGGAGAAGAAUAUCUCUGCGUCUUCCUACAUUGACUGUCCUUAUUCCGUCGGUCUCCUUGGCAGGACUGUUCGGUUCUGCCUCCGUGGAAGAAAAGCUCAUACGAGGCUGCACCAGCCCAGCCAGCCUGGGCUUUUCCAGUCGGUCCCUGCCCAUGACCAUAGCCGUGUGUGUGUUCUUCCUCUGCCUUUGGACUUGGAUGGCCAUCUCACUCUGCAGGCAUAAUUAAGGCAACCAGAACCGCUGGGGCGCCUG